AUGCCACCUCCCCCUCCACAGCCACCUCCGGCAGGCCCUCCGGCCCAAACCCUCGAAGAGCACGUUGAAGAGCAGUGGAAUGCGUUGCCCCCGCUAAACGAUGAUUCCUCGUCCGUCGCUUCCGACGCACCUGACCCCGAAGACGACUACUCCCCUGAUGACAACAUGCAUAAAUGGCAGUCUUUCCAUGCAGUCCCCAUGCUUCCCGGUCGACAGCCUAUGCGAAGCCAAGAUGAAGUGACGCAUGAAAUGGCAGACAACCUUCGUGACCUCAUAAGCAGGCCCAAGGCCAUUCAUUACAACGGCUCAGGCAUGAGCACCGUCGUCACCAUCCCUGACGUCAAGCAACUCGUAAAGGCAGCAUUUGCUAGAGGCUGGAUCACUGGCAAACCACACCAGAUGUGCGGCAAGGGCUAUGUCCAGCCCACCAUCGAUGAUGUUGCGGCUCAGGUAGGCUUUCUCAACCAGAACAUCACCGCCACUUCAAGCAACGCCACUUCAGGCAAAACCACUUCAAGCAACGCCACCUCAGGCAAAACCACUUUGGGCAAAACCACUUCAGACAAAGCCACUCCAGGCACCAAGGGAAAGAAGAAGGCCUUCCGUCACCCUGCCGUGGCAUCUAAGGUUAAGAAGAUGGCCCUGAGCAAGGCGAAGGCAGCGAAUUCAAGUGCUCGCAAGGCCCUCCGGCCAGUCUACCUCGGCUGUUCGGAGUCGAUGGACGGAGGCGCAGCGAUGUUCACCUACUACGACCAGCAUCACAAAGUCCUCCCCCGGACAGCCCAGAAGUUCGUCACUCUUCCCGCCGCGCACGAGUCCCUUGCGACGGCGAAGGGAAUGGCAAUGCAACUCCACGACCAAUUUAAAAUGUCGCGGGUACGAGAGUACAACCUGCGUGCAGCCAUCUACCUUGCCAGGAACCGUCUCACGCACUGGGCCAACGGCAACGACGUGGCAUCGCGCCCUGAGCGCGAGGACAAGGAUCUGUUCGUUGAGUACAUCCUGAUGCGUCACCUGGAGUACCCGGAACAGGCCGUAAUGAACAUAUACAAGCAGGUGAUGGUGCCUGCUCUGUGGGAGGACAUGGGGAAGCUCUUCUAG